AUGGUAACCACGCGUCCUGACAUCAGUGCCGCUGUUUCGUACUUCAGCCAGUUUCAGUGCAAUCCAUCCCAGGAACACUGGUCCCAUGCCAAACGAAUUCUAAGAUUCCUGAGAGGAACGGCGCAAUACGGCUUGGUGUACAAGAGAGAGGAAUCUGCAAAACAGAUAACUGGUUUUGCCGACGCGAAUUGGGCAACCUACCCCAAUGACCGCCAUUCUGUCUCGGGGUACGUUUUCCAGACGUAUGGAGCUACAACAUCUUGGAGUUCUCGCAAGCAACGAACUAUCGCUCUGUCGUCUACCGAGCCGGAGUGCAGCGCAUUGGCCGACUGCAUUUGUGAAUCGCUGUGGAUCUCCAAGUUAUUCAAGGAGUUGGAUAUAUUGGACAAGGAGAACAUCGUUAUAUUCGAAGACAACCAGUCUGCUAUCGCGAUAGCUGAAUCAGAGGCGCCUUCCAAGAAACUGAAGCAUACGGACGUUAAGUUGCAGUUUAUCAAGAAGUGUGUCCUGAAGCGUAAAGUGGAAAUAAAGUAUUUGCCAAGCAGCGAACAACCGGCAGAUAUGUUGACGAAAGGUCUGGUUCCUGCAACCUUCAACAAGCAUUGUUCUACUUUGGGGAUUCAGAUGUGA